AUGCAAGGCUUUCCCAAGGACGAGUUCACCCGCUACGGCGGCCUGCGCAUGCACGUGCGGAACUGGGGUGGUGAGGGCCGCCCGGUGGUCCUGCUGCACGGGUUGGCCUCCACCUGUCGCAUCUGGGACCUGACGGCGCCGGUCCUGGCGCGGGACUUUUCGGUGAUCGCCGUGGACCAGCGGGGCCACGGGGACAGCGGCAAGUCGGAGAGCGGCUACGACUUCGCCAGUGUGGGAAAUGAUGUUGCUGCGAUGCUGGAGGGCCGCGGCAUUGAGCGCCCAGUGCUGGUGGGCCACUCCUGGGGCGCCGACGUGGCCCUGGAGCUGGCCGUGGCCCACCCCGGACUAUUGCAGGGCAUCGUGUUCGUCGACGGCGGAACCAUCGAUGCCUCGGCCCGCUACGACACGCUGGACGAUGCCCUCGUCCAGAUGGCACCGCCAGACUUCCGGGGCGUCACCCCUGCCCAGUUCCUCGAGCGCGUGCGCUCCGGCGGCCAGUGGGGCACGCUGAUAGGCCAGCAUGGCCAGCCUGCCGAAGAAAUCAUUCUGGCCAACUUCGAGACGCUGGACGACGGCACGCUGCGGGCCAAGCUCUCCCGGGACAACCAUCUGCGCAUCAUCGAAGCGCUGUGGGACCACCACCCCCGAGAUCUAUACCAGCGCGUGGCCUGCCCGGUGCUGAUGAUGCCCGCCCGCCAGCGAGAAAACCCGGACGCAUACGAGCGCACCCUGGCACGUUCGGAGUCCAUCGCGGCGGCAGAGAGCCUGCUGCCCAACAGCAAGGCAGUAUGGCUGGAGGACAGCAUCCACGAUGUUCCCGUGCAGCGGCCCGAGUUGGUGGCAGAAACCAUCCGCCAGCACAUCCAGUCGGGAUUUUUCGAUCAAUAG